AUCGUAGUGGGUCGGAAUCAGAGGAUAGAAAGGCCCACGUGUCAAUCUCAUAGUGAGUGUCCAGAAAAUACUAACGCUUUGACACGGGAUAGACAUUAGACUCGUAAAAAAGAGUCGUACUCAAAACGGUAUCUCUAAUCUUCAACUACGACUUUAUUUUGUAUUUUUCAUUUAGGGUUCACAAUAUCUUCGUAACGGAACAAGCCGUUCAAAGCCUCCAAGAAGCUUUCAUUAAGCUUUACCCUCAUCUCCUCUCUCUCUCUCUCUCUCUCUCUCUCUCUCACUCUCUCUCUCUCUCUCUAACACACACACAGAGAGCUAAGUUUUGCUCUUCUCUCGAUUCAGUGGUAUUUGUAUAUAUGUUUUGUGGUGCUGGUCUAUUAUGUCCAACGAUCUGGUAUCUCAGCAAUUAUCAAUACCUGGUAACCAGAUUGAUCAGCUGGAAUCCAUUUCCAGCAAAUUGGAUGCACCAAUGUCCAUGGGAUUGAUGGGAUUUAGAGCCAAUGAAUCUUUACAGCAGCAGAUACCUUUGCAUAUGCCGAUUGGACAGAUGGGAUCUGUGUCAAAUGAUCCUGGGUCACAAUUAUCCUCAAUGUCAAACCAGCAAGGUGGACACAUUGAAUCCCAAGCAUAUACUCAGCUAUCACAACAGUAUUUAAUGUCUAAUAAGCAAGUAGGAGAAAUAUUUCCUACCAUGUCGGAUAGCCUGAGACCACAUCAAUUGCCAGCUUUGAACAAGCGUAAGGCACUGAUGGAACCCAUUUCCCCUAAUUUUGUUCCACAGAAGUUAUCAUUACCGAACAAACGAGUGGCACAAAUGGAACACAGGCCUUGGUUGCAACCAAUAUCUGCACCUAGUGAAAGAACUGUUCAGAUGCAGUCUGUUUCCAACUCGCUAGGAUCACAGCCUUCUCCAGCAUUGAGUAAGAGAUCAAUUCCAAAUAAAUCUGGGUCAUCAGCUUCAAGGAAUCAACCUGCACAGAUGCGGCCGUCACCAAAGGUUCAGACUGAGACAUUUGAAUCUGUGAGGUCCAAGAUGCGGGAAUCUUUAGCUGGUGCCCUGGCCUUGGUUUCUCAGCAGCAAGGUGAAAAGGCAAUGGUGGGGAAGAACACAAAUGGUGAGGCUUCUAGUUCACCAGGGAAGACAGAGGAAGGUUCUCACCCUGUUGAUUCUAAUUCUGGUAAUUCUGAUGCUGUCCACUCUGUAUCGGCAGAACCUCAGGGAAUAUUGCUUUCCAAUCGGGAUGCUGCUGCUGAUGGAAAUAAUAGUGAUGCUACACAAACUUUGCAAUCUUAUGGGCAGCAAUUUCAAUCUAGCGAUCUUUUACCUGAUGAGGAUGUUCCAUUUAGUGACAACAUAUUUGCAAGAGAUGAACUUUUGCAGGGAAAUGGCCUUUCUUGGAUAUUAGAAACUGAAAUAGAUGUGGCAAAGAAAAAGGAAAUUGAAAUGGUUGAAAAACAAAACCCAGAUAAUAAAAAGGUGGGAAAAGAUAAUUUAGAACAAUCAUUACUGUCUCCACAAGAGUUGGCAUAUCAAAUUGAAGCAGAACUCUUUAAAUUAUUUGGAGGUGUGAAUAAAAAGUAUAAGGAGAAAGGCAGGUCUCUAUUGUUUAACUUAAAGGAUCGUAAUAACCCUGAACUCAGAGAAAGAGUUGUGUCUGGCGAAAUUCCUGCAGAACGAUUAUGUUCUAUGAGUGCUGAGGAACUAGCUUCUAAAGAGCUUUCACAGUGGCGACAAGCAAAAGCAGAAGAGCUUGCUCAAAUGGUAGUUUUGCCUGAUAUAGAAGUUGACAUUAGACGUCUAGUGAGGAAAACACAUAAGGGUGAGUUUCAAGUGGAGGUUGAACAAACUGACAGUGCUUCAGUUGAAGUUUCUGCUGGAACUUCAAUUAGUCGGCGACCAAAAACUGAGCCAAAACACGCUCCCAAAACUGGUAAAACUGUUGGAAAGAAAGAAUCAGAUACUGCAGGUGAAAAGAGUAAUAUAGAGGACCCAAAUCUUACCAUUACUAUUCCUUCAAGUGAGGGACCUGAUCCAAUGCAAGGGUUGAUGGGAGAAGACGAAUUGAAGGAUGCAGAUUUUCUUCCUCCAAUUGUUUCCCUUGAUGAGUUCAUGCAAUCUCUUGAUUCAGAGCCACCGUUUGAGAAUUUACCUGGUGAUGCUGGAAAUGCUACAUCCAUUUCUGAUAAGGAUGACUCAAAGUCUCCUGGUCGAGCUUCACAAGAUCCUGUGGGUUCGAUGUCUGAUAAACCUGUAACUCUUGAUGCAAGUAAUCCAAAAUCUGAUUUAGAUGUUAAGCCAAACGACAUUCCUACAAAAACAGAAACUGCAGUUUCUAUAGCCACUUCGAAGGGUGAACAUUUAUGGGAAGGGACGCUCCAGCUAAACAUCACAGCCAUAACCUCUGUCAUUUGUACUUUUAAAAGUGGUGAAAAAACUUCUACAAAGGAGUGGCCUGGCUUCCUUGAAAUCAAGGGCAGAGUCAGACUUGAUGCGUUUGAAAAGUUCCUCCAAGAGCUUCCCAUGUCCCGGAGUCGUGCUGUUAUGGUGGUUCAUUUUGUUUGCAAGGAGGGAUCAACCGAGAGUGAGCGUGGGAGCCUUGUUGAGGCGGCUGAUUCAUAUAUUUUGGAUGGGAGAGUGGGUUUUGCUGAGCCUGCCUCUAGAGUUGAACUUUACUUUUGCCCACCUCAUGCGAAAACACUUGAAAUGCUCAGCAAGAUCCUCCCAAAGGACCAACCUGAGGCUCUUAAUGCUAUUGAUAAUGGUCUAAUUGGUGUUGUUGUAUGGAGAAGACCUCAAUUAAUUUCACCCAACUCUACUUCACACCAUAAAUACACCUCAAAAAAGCAACACUUCACUUCUAGGAGACAGCAAGAAAAGGAUACUGCUAGUAACAUGAAUUCUAAUUUCCCAUCAAAGCCUACUUUUUCCCACGGUGGACCUCCUCUACAUUCCCAACCCCCUCCCGAUGACGAUGACGAUGACGAUGAUGUUCCCCCGGGAUUCGGCCCUGCCACAACCCGGGAUGAUGAUGACCUACCUGAGUUUAACUUUUCUGGUCGCUCAAUCCCAUCGGGGCCAGAAUACCCCACUGGGUACCAAUCCCAGCGAGUAGGGAUCGCCUCUUCUCAUAUACAGUCUCAAACAUCAUCUCGCCCUGUUGAUCAAAUAAGGGAUCUCAUACAAAAGUAUGGACAACCAAACGCUAAUGCGCCCCUAGGGGUUUCAAUGCAACAGUGGAAUGAUGAUGAUGAUGAUAUACCCGAAUGGCAGCCUCAAACAACAUCCCAACAGCAGCAGCUGCAGCCCCCACCACCUCAAGUUCAUAGAUUUCAAAAGCCAAUAAAUGCACCUCAGCAAUUACCCCGCCAGGCAACACCAACCAUGCAUAUUCAAGGUCAACAGAAUGCUGCUCAGUCAUGGCAGCAGGGAACUUGGUGGGUAAAUGGAGCUCAAAUUUACGACACAGCAGUAGGAACUGGGCAGCCGGCCUGGCGGAGGGAUGCUCCCAACAGUGGAGGCUUUUAGUUUCAUCUUUUUGUAAACGUAGCGUUUAUGUUGCUAUUUUAUUUAGUUUUCCUCUUGCUUGUGUAACCUUGAUGAAUCUUUUCAUUUCGUAGCUUCUUUAUUCAAUUAAUGGUAGUUUUUCAAACUAACUUAAGAAUUUGUCCUUCUUCCA